AUGGCGCCAGAAUCGGGUAAUGAGCAUCUGGUGUGGUGGACCGAUCACCUCAAAGACCAAACCAUCUCACCUCUGACAAGAGACUAUCCCGAGGCAGCUUCUGACAAUUCCCACAAAAGACCCAUCGAAGCCGUUGAGUGGUUGGCUGCUCCCACUGCUACCAACGAUGCAAUCAAGGGUUUAUCGUCUUUGGGCUCGAGCAUCACUGUCUUACAGACCGCUCUUGUCAUCUUGAUCAGUAGAUUGACUGGCGAUGAAGACAUUAGCAUCGGUACCAAUGCUCAACUAGAUGGCCAACCAUUCGUUCUGAGAACUCCAGUAUCAGCUUCGGAAACAUUUGCACAAUUGUACAAGAGGGUUCAUGAUUUGACAUCACAAGCCUUGGAAAGAAUAGUGCCUCUCGAAGCUAUUCAGAGCCACUUGCAAACCACCUCAUCAUUGUUCAAAUUCGCAGCCUUCAAUACUAGUGACGCUGAAACGACUCUUGCUAGUAUCGAAACCACUGACUUGUUGCUGACUUACAGUAUCUCCUCUGCUCAUGAACUCCGCCUAACAGCACGGUACAAUCAGCGUCUUGUUUCCAGUGUACGGAUAGCAGGCAUCCUGGCCCAGAUUGCACAACUUCUCGAAAAUGUUAUGGAGGCAGGAGUGGACUCUCCUGUUGGUGGUAUAGUUUUUGCGACCAGAGGGGAGGAAACCCUCCUUCCAAAUCCAACGAGCGACCUAGAAUGGUCCAAUUUCCGAGGUGCAAUCCAUGAUAUUUUCUCCAGUAAUGCCGAAUCUCACCCUGACAGAACAUGUGUGGUUGAGACAAAGUCCGAAGAUGGCCCAGAAAGAACAUUCACUUACCAGCAGAUCCACGAAUCGUCCAAUAUUUUAGCCCAUCAUUUGGUUCAGUCUGGGCUACAGAAAGGAGAUGUGGUCAUGAUCUACUCUUAUCGAGGUGUCGACCUCGUUGUUGCAGUCAUGGGGACACUAAAGGCAGGUGGUACAUUUUCAGUCUUGGACCCUGCAUAUCCACCAGAUCGACAAAAUAUCUAUCUUGAUGUGUCCAGACCUCGAGCACUGGUUGUGAUCGAGAAAGCCACCCAGGAUGCCGGAGAGUUGUCCGACAAGGUUCGCGGCUUCAUAAAGGAGAACUUGAAUCUCCGGACAGAGGUUCCAGCACUGCGCCUUCAAGAUGAUGGUUUUCUGCAGGGUGGGAAUUUGGAAGGUAGAGACAUAUUCGAAACAACUCGAGAGCUCAAGGCCAAAAGUCCCGGAGUAAUAGUAGGACCCGACUCUACGCCUACACUGUCUUUCACUUCCGGAUCCGAAGGGAAGCCGAAGGGUGUCAAAGGGCGCCAUUAUUCACUGGCAUUUUACUUCGACUGGAUGGCCAAAACCUUCAAUCUAUCAGAGAAAGAUAAAUUUACGAUGCUCAGUGGUAUUGCUCAUGACCCAAUUCAGCGGGAUAUGUUCACACCGUUGUUCCUCGGCGCACAACUGCUGGUUCCAUCCAAGGAUGAUAUUCAGAAUGAGAGGUUAGCGGAAUGGAUGCAAAAACACGGUGCCACAGUGACGCAUUUGACGCCUGCUAUGGGUCAAAUCUUGGUUGGUGGCGCAGUUGCUCAUUUUGAUAAACUUCAUCAUGCAUUCUUCGUUGGCGAUGUUUUGAUCAAGCGGGAUUGCAGAUCUCUACAAAACCUGGCCUCGAACGUGAGAAUUGUCAACAUGUAUGGCACCACAGAAACCCAGAGGGCAGUCAGCUACUACGAGCUUCCUAGCCGAGCGGAGCGAGAGGGCUUCCUUGAUGGCAUGAAGGACGUCAUUCCUGCUGGUCGUGGCAUGUACAACGUUCAGAUGCUCGUAGUCAAUCGAUUCGACCGCACCAAGCUCUGUGCUGUUGGAGAGAUUGGAGAAAUCUAUGUCAGAGCAUCCGGUCUUGCCGAAGAAUACCUGGGCACGCCAGAACUGACCAAAACAAAGUUCGUGCCCAACUGGUUUCCUGGUCAUGAGAAAGGUCUAGAAGCAGAUAAAGUUCGCUUCGAGGAAAAGUUUAAGACUGCACCAUGGGCGCAAGACUACUUAGGCCCUCGAGAUCGGCUAUAUCGCAGCGGAGAUCUUGGUCGUUAUACUCCCUCUGGUGAUGUGGAAUGUUCAGGUCGAGCUGACGAUCAGGUCAAAAUCCGAGGAUUUCGAAUCGAACUUGGAGAAAUCGACACCCAUUUGUCUCAGCAUCCAUUGGUACGUGAGAAUGUCACACUUGUACGAAGAGACAAGUUUGAAGAACAGACCUUGGUCAGCUAUGUUGUUCCCCAACUUAAAUCUUGGACUGUUUUCCUUGCGACCAAGGGUAAAGUUGAUCACCCAGACGAUGGGUCACUUGCCGAGCGAUUUGACCGUUUCAGAUUACUUCAGCAGACGGUCCAGGAAUAUCUCCGAACCAAACUACCAGCAUAUGCUGUUCCCUCCGUUAUCGUACCGAUGAAAGCAAUGCCAUUGAACCCCAAUGGAAAGAUUGACAAACCAAAGCUCCCGUUCCCAGACAUCACUGCUAGCAGACGACGAAGGUCAACAAUGCAACAACCACUUACCGAAGGUGAGCGAGCUCUGGCCGGCAUUUGGGCGAAAUUAGUGCCAGAUUUGAUGGCAAAUACUAUCAAGCCUACCGAAUCAUUCUUCGAAAUUGGUGGUGAAAGUAUGAAAGCCCAACAAUUAGCAUAUCAGGUACGGCGAACACUCGGUGUUGACCUUGCAAUCAGCAAAAUUUACAACCGACCUACUUUGAAGGACAUGGCAGCAUAUAUUGAUCAUAUCAGAGCAGGAGAGUCUCUCGAAGGAAGAGAACAAGAUGAAGGCAGUACUAACGGUGUUCAAUUGGAGGAUGAGUAUGGAGCAGACGCCUUGAAGAUGGCUGAGACUUUACCAAAGGCUUUCCCCGUUGCCACAACUGACGCUUCACGAAGUCCGGUAGUUUUCUUGACUGGCGCGACUGGCUUUUUGGGUUCGUUUAUUCUCAAGGACCUCCUUGAUCGUAAAUCGCCAGAGGUGAAGAAAGUCAUUGUACUGGUGAGAGCCAAAGACGAGAACACGGCGAUGUCAAGGAUCAAGGUGACAUGUCAGGCAUACGGUGUCUGGUCCGACUCGUGGUCAUCACGAAUUCAAUGCGUGGCAGGAAGUCUUGGUCCAGCGAAAUUCGGUGUCUCUGAUGCUAUUUGGAAACAGCUUGCAGAGGAAACCGAUGUUGUGGUUCACAAUGGAGCCCAAGUCCACUGGAUCAACACAUAUAAAACACUGAAAGCUCCAAAUGUCCUAGGAACGAUCGAGGCUUUGAAACUCUGUGGAGAAGGGAAUCCGAAAUUCUUCGCUUUCGUCUCCUCCACAAGCGUUCUUGACCAUGAUCAUUUCGUUUUUGAAUCUGAACGCAUCGUUGCUGCUGGUGGCGAAGGCAUCAGCGAAGCUGACGACCUGAGUGGUAGUAGCAAAGGCCUCGGUACAGGCUAUGGCCAGAGCAAGUGGGCUUCUGAGUAUUUGAGCCGUGAAGCCGGCCGUAGAGGUCUUCGUGGGUGUGUUAUUCGACCGGGCUACGUCUUGGGUGACUCCAAGACUGGGGUGACCAAUACUGACGACUUCUUGAUCCGUAUGCUAAAAGGUUGUAUCCAGCUCAAAUCACGACCCAACAUCAACAAUACCGUCAACAUGGUGCCUGUCGACCAUGUCGCACGAACUGUGGUCGCCUGUGCCUUCCAUCCUCCUUCAGACCAAGGCGUACAAGUGGCACACAUCACUGGCCAUCCCAGACUUCGCUUCAACCAAUACCUAGCAGUUCUGCAAACAUAUGGCUAUGAUUCCAAGCUGAGUGAUUAUGUCCCCUGGGCUUCAAGUCUCGAGCACUACAUCGCUUCCAAUUCAGACUUCGCACUCAUGCCACUUUUCACAUUUGUCGCCAAUGACCUGCCGUCCAACACACGAGCUCCUGAAUUAGAUGACAGCAACGCCGAGAAAUCUCUAUACGCAGAUCGCAAAUGGACUGGAGACGAUUUCAGUGCUGGUAGCGGUGUCACAAAGAACACUGUAGGUCUAUAUCUCUCAUACCUGGUGUCGAUCGGCUUCUUGCCGGCUCCUGAAGCAGGUGUGCAGAACGGAGCUGUCAAGACCCUCCCCGAGGUGGAAGUCUCCUCGGCGCAGCGUGAUGCCUUGCAAAGCGUAGGUGGAAGGGGAGGCUUGGCUUAG